AUGUUUUCUCUCUCUCUUCGCAGGAACUAUCUCAACUUCGUCAUUGAGGAGCUGAAGGACCCCGUUCAGAACUUGCCCAAAGCCAUCUACAUCUCAAUCUCCUUGGUGACCGUGGUUUACGUGCUCGCCAACGUGGCCUUCUACACAACGCUGUCACCCGCUGAGGUCCUCGGGUCGGAGGCCGUGGCUGUGACUUUUGCAAAUAGGUUGUAUGGUUACAUGGCUUGGAUUAUGCCAUUUUUUGUGGCGUGUUCGACCUUCGGAGCUGUCAACGGCGUGCUGCUAACCUCCUCCAGGCUCUUCUAUGCUGGUGCCCUCGAGGGCCAAAUGCCCGAGAUCUUGACCAUGAUCCAGGUUAAGCGCAUGACCCCGACACCUGCUGUGCUCUUCAUGGCCUUCCUCAGUCUUGCAUAUCUUGGAUCCAGCAACAUCUUUGCACUGAUCUCAUACGUUGGAUUUGCUACUUGGCUGUCCAUUGGCCUGGCUGUUGUCUGCGUCCCUCUGUUGCGCUACACACACCCUGACCUUGAGCGGCCUAUUAAGGUGAACCUCGUGUGGCCCAUUCUCUACAUCAUUGCCACCAUCUUCAUCACUAUCGUUCCGAUGAUUGCAGCUCCUGUUGAAACUGGUAUUGGCGUGGGGAUGAUUGCAACAGGUGUCCCUGUAUAUUUCUUGUUCAUCUACAUCAGGAAGCCAGAGCCAAUCAAGAAAAUGCUAAGAGCAUUGGAUGGGUUCAUGCAGAAACUCAUGAUGGUUUGCAGACCAGAAAAACCAGCCAGCUUGUAAGGACCAAAAAAAAAAAAAAAAAAAAGAAAAAAAAAAGAAAAAAAAAAGCAUGAAGGAGGACGUAGGCUAUAAUGGUGUAAUUGCGCUCGGGACAGGCUGACAGGCGAUAGCUUUUUCUAUUUUCUUAUGUGUUCAGUUGAAAUUCAAAGGUUAAUGAUGGUUAGUUACUUACAUCUUUACAUUCAUUGGAGAUGUACAAAGUAGUUAGAUUUUAUAAUCCUUGCUGGAAAACAUUGCACAGAAAGAUAUUUACACUAAAAUGCUAGGAAUUGUAAGCAGCAUAUCAUUAUUUUUAGUUAGGAUCUGUCAUUUUCCCAUGUUAUUUAUGUUAGAAUGGAUCUAUUGGCAAUACUUGUCUUUUAUUAUGUUGAGGAUUUAGAAAAAAUGUGAUUUUUCACAUAUAGAUUUACAUAUGACAUUUAACCUGUAGUUAUGAACAUACCGCAUACUUUUGAGUGUCGAUGGUAGGCUCUCAGCCAUAUAGAAUAGCACUGAUCUUUUCGUUAAUGGUACUGAGGAAAGAGGCCUUUUAGACAAGAGAAAGGCAUUUUAAUCAGUAUUGUUGUGGUGUAAGUUGGCUAUGAUAGCUAAUUACCAUACCACCAGUGACUAGAAGGAAAACCUAUUUAUUUUCCUUUUAUGUUCUGUGUAUGAGGGAACUUUUUAAAUGUAUUUUUUGAUAAAAUAAACAGUUCUUUUUUGUAUGGAAGACA